AUAACUUCCUAUUUAACUCAAUAUAGAUAUAAAUUAACUCUUUUUUGAUUACAAAUUAUGAUAAAUAGUGACGAAUGGGAACUCCGGAUACUAUGGACGGGACAGGAGUGACAGCACUCAAGUCAAUCAACUGAUCCAUAAUCUCGAACAUAAUCUCCAUAACCCUCAUAGUCCGACUCAUGUACACCACGUGCAUACCAGUCCCGUGCAUAAGUCUCCACCGGCUGCCAGAAGCCCAGUACAUGUGCACUCACACUCACCCGCAACCGCCCCUCUGGGACACCGGCCAUACCAGGCCAGGAUCACUGACACCGACGCCGGACUACUCAUUGAGUCCUAUAAACCCAGGUGUCAGACGAGUAAUACCGUGACCAGCGAACAGCCCCAGCGAGGGAUCCUUAGUUCGCCCAAACAGGUACAGCACGUGCACACGGGAACGGGUGCCUCGAAUGCCACGCAAGAGCUGGACGACCUCAUGGCAUCCCUGUCCGACUUUA